CCUCUUUUUCUCUCGCCGUAGUCAUUGCAUUAGUCAGAUCUUGGAGAGUGUCAAUCAUAUCCACCAGCAUGAUAUUGUGCACAGAGACCUCAAGCCUGAGAACCUGUUGUUGGCCAGUAAGAUGAAGGGAGCUGCAGUGAAGCUGGCAGACUUUGGCCUUGCUAUUGAAGUGCAAGGAGACCAGCAGGCUUGGUUUGGUUUUGCGGGCACCCCUGGUUAUCUCUCCCCUGAAGUCCUGAGGAAGGACCCCUACGGCAAGCCUGUGGACAUAUGGGCUUGCGGUGUUAUUCUCUAUAUCUUGUUAGUGGGAUAUCCUCCGUUCUGGGAUGAAGAUCAACAUAAACUGUAUCAGCAGAUCAAAGCUGGGGCAUACGAUUUCCCGUCCCCAGAGUGGGACACAGUGACUCCAGAGGCAAAGAACCUGAUCAACCAGAUGUUGACCAUUAACCCAGCCAAGAGAAUCACUGCCGAACAGGCCCUCAAACACCCCUGGGUCUGCCACCGUUCUACAGUGGCUUCCAUGAUGCACAGACAGGAAACUGUCGAGUGUCUCCGCAAGUUUAACGCUCGCCGAAAACUCAAGGGAGCCAUUCUCACCACCAUGCUGGUGUCCAGAAACUUCUCAGUGGGCCGGCAGCAUACCAACUCUGCUGCUGCCGCCUCCUCCACGGCCUCACUGGCUCAGGAAGCAUGCAAAAGUUUACUCAACAAGAAGUCAGAUUCUGCUAAGCCUUCUACCAACAACAGUAAGAACAGUAUAGUGAGCGCCAUCAAUGCCCUGAAAGACACCAACAUGGCAACCAACGCCCAGAUGGAGUCUCAGAGUACAGUGGUGCACAACCCUCCUGAUGGAGUCAAGGGAUCAACGGAGAGCAACGCCACCAACGAGGAGGAGGAAAUGAAAGCGGACAGUUCGGCGCUGAGUCAGAGCAGCGCCACAGAGGAGAUGCCCCCACUUCUGCCCUCACCUCAAAGCUCACCUGCCAUUCCACCGCAUGAUGUAAAGCGCAUGGCAUGGAACAGCACAGGCAACAGCUCCUGCCCUGACUCUGAGCUCUCACAGUCCUCCAUGCCUGCCGCUCCACUAGGGAGCAACACUGUCGCUGCUAUAAGCAACACUAAGCAGACUCGUAAACAGGAGAUCAUCAAGAUAACGGAGCAGCUGAUUGAAGCGAUCAACAAUGGAGAUUUCGAUGCCUACACGAGGAUUUGUGAUCCUGGACUCACCUCUUUCGAACCUGAGGCCCUGGGGAACCUGGUGGAGGGCAUGGACUUCCACAAGUUCUACUUUGAAAACUUACUGAGUAAGAACAGCAAGCCCGUGCACACCACUCUGCUCAACCCACACGUGCACCUGAUCGGUGAGGAUGCCGCGUGCAUCGCCUACAUCCGGCUCACACAGUUUGUGGACACCACGGGCCGCCCUCGGUCCAGCCAAUCAGAGGAGACCAGGGUGUGGCAUCGUCGAGAGGGCAAGUGGCUCAACGUUCACUUCCACUGCUCAGGAGCGCCGGCUGCACCACUACAGUGAUCAGUGGUCCUGAGCCUCCAGUCUACUGGAGUGUGUGUUUUGGGGGGCAGUUUUUUUCAGCGAGCGUGUUUAAGAGGCACGUCCUCUGCGUGGAUUGGCUAGUGCCAGGUGCCCGGCCGGGCGAGAUCGCAUCCCUCUCCACGAUACCAACCAAUCCUGUCCCCCCUUUGACCUGCUGGGGUCCGGCUGAACACAAGACACCGCCCCCAGGGGAUGAUGCAUGCAUCUGGCGCCUGAUUGGAGGGCGAGUCUUUGCCCUCUAUCCCUCCCCAUGGCAGCCAUCUUUUUUCUGCCCGUGCGAGAUGAGACGUCCUGCGUGAGGAGAGGAUUUACAGUUGAACUUGUGACAGUUUAUGAGUAUGAGUUAUGAAUAUGCUGUGUAAAUUAUGACUAGAUGUACCAGAAACCACCAAAACCCAACCAAGCAUUUAUAUUCACUAUCUAAUAAGGGAGGAACAGAAGGGAGUGUUGAGAUUAGCAGCUGAGAUUUUGGACACAUUUUUUGGCAUUCUAGGGAUAACCGGGUAGAAAAUGAAAUGUUGUGCUCGUUACCCGGACGUUGAUGUAAAGAUGUAGGGAGAUUUUCCCCAUAUCUGAAUUCUAGAGGGGGAAAAAAAUCAAGUCGGCUCAGUCAGAGAACUUGAUGACGAGAGAAACUUGAUAUCAAAAACAUGAAGCACCAAAGUGUAGAACUUUAGGCUUUUUAUGUGUUUAUGUGUUUUCGUUUGUGUGCUUGUUUUCCGACCGAACGGAAACUCGUGUUGUUGUUGGGUUGGGCGGGGGGUGGGGGGAGGGGUGGGGCGUUUGAUUUGAGUGUUUUUGUUGUGUUUUUAGCGUCCUGUUCCCUUUGCGUUCCUGUGAAUAAGCGGAGCCUCUUUUUUUUUUUUUUUUUUUUCUUUUUUUCCGCUCUCCGUCUGACUGAUCCGAUACUAUUAUAUUCAAGGCUCCUUUUUAAAGCAGCUGAGUUUUUAAAAAAGAGGGAUUCUAUUGUGCAAGUUUAAAGCUAACGUGUUAAUAACGUUCUGUUGCCUGUAUGCAGUGGAGGGAGAGAGCGGGACGGGAAAGGCGUCUGCGAUUUGCAUGUUUGCCCGCCGCCUCUCCCUCAUUCGUCCCUCCCUAGCCUUCUCCUUUUUUCUCACUUAUAAACCAUUCCCCCCUUUUAACCCUCCCACUCCUUUUUCUCUGCUUUCUGCAAGGGCCUGGUUUGUUUAUAAUCACUGUGUAAAUACAGUGUAUGUAUAGAUAUAUGUAGAAAAGUGUAAUAUAUGUACAUGUAUCUAAGAGACACUCAUCCUGUGUAUCUGGGAACCACCCCAUGACCUCUGUGAUUUAGUUUAGGAGCAUUUUCCUCACUGAUUUAAAAAAAAAAAAAAAAAAAAAUCCUUAAUUCUCCUUCCUUUUUAAAGUACUUCCGUAAAAAAAAAUAUAUCGGUAGCUCUUGAUUAUUGACGACAAACACAAACGAGCACUCGUGUGGGCUGCCAGAUCUAGUCCCGUGGCCGCAAGACUGUUUUUAGAGACGGGGAUUAAAAAGGGAAAAAAAAAAAGAAUUUGCCCAAAAAGAGUUUUUAAACACAAAGACCUUCAUCAUUGUGUCCUGAUCCCACAAUGCUGUGAGCCGUCUCUUCAUAUCAUAUGCACACACACACACACACGCACGCCUGGUGGUGUGUUUAGGCUUUGUAACAUAUCUGCACCACUGCUGUGUGACCACGGUGCCACCCUUGCUGUGCUGCUUAAUUGUCUCCAUCCAUCCGCGACAGUCGUAUCUGAAACCCUCCCCCCUUCUUUCCUUCCUUCCUUCCUUUCCUCCCCCCUUCCUCCGAUAUCUCCCUCCUCUCCUCCGUGUACCAACGAGUCCCUGCUCUUGAGAUGUUUAUUUGUACCUCUCUCUGUUGUUUCUCUGUUCCCGUGUUACUGGUUUGAGUUUUUUAUGUUGUCGUCGCUGUUGCUGUUAACUUGUCGUUUGGUAAUUUGCCGAUCUGCCAAGCUGGAGUUCUGCACUCUCCCUCGCACACAGAAGAAGUAAAAAAAAAAAUUUAAAAAAAGGGAAAAGAGGGAGGAAGUAAAGACAACACAAAUUACAGAUUGAGUGAUCAUAGAUUGAUCCGGACUAAAUUAUUUAUUAAUGUUAUCUACCCUAGGUGGUUUUAAAUCGUGCCUGCUCAGUUGAGAGGAAGCCAGAGAGAGAGAGAGAGAGAGAGAGAGUUGGUGUGGGUGUUCAGGUUUUUGUGACCUACACUGUUGAAUCAGAGCGGGAGACCUAGUUAUAUGCAUGUUUCAGUUACGCAUUUCUACCAUGUACCUACCUGAAUAAGGAUGGAGCCUAGUGUUAAUAUAUGAUAUUUGCAUCUUUUGAAAUAUCCUCCAUCCAGAAUGUUGAAUAGGUGACAUGAAAAAUAUAUUUAAAAAAAAAAAAAGCAAAAUUUUUAAAAAAAGGAUUCAGGAGCCGUAGCUUGGUAUGAGGCCCUCGAUGUUAGCGUUUUCCCUGCGUUGUAAUGAUAUACUAUUGGGCUGCGCUUUCUCCCCCAGCCUUCACAUGGAUGCUGGAGUUUUUUUGCAUGAUCAUGAUGUACAAUGAAAUACAACCAUGAAUUGACGACUAUCAAGUGUUUGUCUGAGUGUUAGUUGGUCUUCAUCAUAGCUUUGUUAUUCUUCAAACUUGGAUCUUGAAAGUAUUUAAUAAAAAUACUAUUUCAGCACUG